UGCCGGCCGCGACCAGAGUGACUUCGUGGGGCAGACUGUGGAGCUGGGCGAGCUGCGCCUGCGGGUGCGGCGAGUCCUGGCAGAGGGAGGAUUUGCAUUUGUGUAUGAAGCUCAAGAUCUGGGAAGUGGCAAAGAGUAUGCAUUAAAGCGGUUACUGUCCGAUGAAGAGGAAAAGAACAGAGCCAUCAUUCAGGAAGUUUGCUUCUUGAAAAAACUCUCCGGCCACCCCAACAUCGUCCAGUUCUGCUCCGCAGCAUCCAUAGGAAAAGAGGAAUCAGACACGGGGCAGGCAGAGUUCCUGCUGCUCACAGAGCUCUGCAGAGGGCAGCUGGUAGAAUUUCUAAAGAAAAUUGAAGCUAAAGGCCCUCUGCCCUGUGACACCAUCCUGAAGAUCUUCUACCAGACGUGCAGAGCUGUGCAGCAUAUGCACAGGCAGAAGCCGCCCAUCAUCCACAGAGACCUCAAGGUUGAGAACUUGUUACUUAGCAGCCAGGGGACCAUUAAGCUGUGUGACUUUGGCAGUGCCACCACGAUCUCGCACUACCCCGACUACAGCUGGAGUGCCCAGAAGAGAGCCAUGGUGGAGGAGGAGAUCACAAGGAACACCACUCCCAUGUACAGGACACCAGAGAUUGUAGACCUCUAUUCCAACUUCCCUAUCGGCGAGAAGCAGGAUAUCUGGGCCCUGGGCUGCAUCUUGUACCUGCUGUGUUUCCGUCAGCACCCUUUUGAGGAUGGAGCAAAACUACGGAUUGUCAAUGGGAAGUACUCGAUCCCUGCAAAUGACACGCGGUACACCGUCUUCCAUGACCUCAUCCGCUCCAUGCUGAAGGUCGACCCUGAGGAGCGACUGUCCAUUGCAGAGGCUGUGCGCCAGCUGCAGGAGAUUGCAGCGGCCAGGAACGUGAACCCCAAGGCACCCAUCACAGAGCUGCUGGAGCAGAAUGGAGGCUAUGGGAACCCAGGGCCGUCUCGGGCACCACCCACUCCCGGAGGGCCUUCGAGCACCAGCUACAGUGGAGGCCUGGCCUUGGCAGAGUAUGACCAGCCCUACGGCGGUUUCUUUGACAUCUUGCGGGGUGGGACAGAACGUCUCUUCACCAACCUCAAGGACACUUCCUCCAAGGUCAUCCAAUCUGUGGCCAACUAUGCAAAGGGCGAUCUGGACAUAUCUUAUAUCACCUCCAGGAUUGCUGUGAUGUCAUUCCCCGCUGAGGGCGUGGAGUCAGCUAUCAAAAAUAACAUUGAAGACGUGCGGUUGUUUCUGGAUGCCAAGCACCUAGGCCACUAUGCUGUCUACAACCUGUCCCCAAGGACCUACCGGGCCUCCAAGUUCCACAACCGGGUCUCUGAGUGUGGCUGGGCCGCCAGACGGGCCCCAAACCUCCACAGCCUAUACACCAUCUGCAGGAACAUGCACUCCUGGCUGCGACAGGACCACAGGAACAUCUGUGUCGUGCAUUGCGUGGAUGGGAGAGCUGCGUCUGCUGUGGUCGUCUGUGCCUUCUUGUGCUUCUGCCGCCUCUUCAGCACCGCCGAGGCCGCUGUGUACAUGUUCAGCAUGAAGCGCUGUCCACCGGGCAUUUGGCCGUCCCAUAAAAGGUACAUCGAGUAUGUGUGUGACAUGGUGGCAGAGGAGCCCAUCACGCCCCACAGCAAGCCGAUGCUGGUGAAGGCCGUGGUCAUGACCCCCGUGCCGCUCUUCAGCAAGCAGAGGAACGGCUGCAGGCCCUUCUGUGAGGUCUACGUGGGGGACGAGCGCGUGACCACCACGUCUCAGGAGUACGACCGGAUGAAGGAGUUUAAGAUCGAGGACGGCAAAGCAGUCAUCCCCUUGGGCAUAACAGUUCAAGGCGACGUGCUCAUUGUGAUUUACCACGCCAGGUCCACCCUAGGUGGACGGCUGCAGGCCAAGAUGGCAUCCAUGAAGAUGUUCCAGAUUCAAUUCCACACUGGGUUCGUGCCUCGGAAUGCAACUACUGUGAAGUUUGCAAAGUAUGACUUGGAUGCAUGUGACAUUCAGGAGAAGUACCCGGAUCUGUUCCAAGUGAACCUGGAGGUGGAGGUGGAGCCCAGGGACAGGCUGUGUCGGGAGGCCCCACCUUGGGACAACGCCAGCAUGAGGGGGCUGAACCCCAAGAUCCUGUUUUCCAGCCGCGAGGAGCAACAGGACAUCCUGUCUAAGUUUGGGAAGCCAGAGCUGCCCCGGCAGCCGGGCUCCACGGCUCAGUAUGACGCCGAGGUGGAGCCUCCGGAGGCUGAGCCCACGGACUCGGACUCGCCGCAGAGCAGCAGCACAGAUGCAAACCACUUCCUCCACACGCUGGACUGGCAGGAAGAGAAAGAAACAGAGACUGGUGUAGAAGGGCCUUCCUCUCAGGAGAGCCAGGCUGUGCUGACUGCAGAGGGAGAUGAAGGUGAAGCAUCGGAUGAAGAGGCGUCCUCGGCCCCUGGCGGAGAUGCCCAGCCUGGUGCCAGGGAGGACCUGCCGGGCCCCAUGGCAGGCACCCAGCAGCAAGACCUGAUGCUUGGUGCAGCCGUGCCGGACUUGCCACAGGAGUCCAGGCUGAAGGAAGAUGGCGUCGACCUCCUGGGCCUGCACACCGAGGCCACCCCGGGACCAGCAGCCUCGGCACAGGCCUGCAGGGCCCCCUCCAGCAACGCCGACCUGCUCAGUUGCUUCCUGGGGUCACCCGACUCCACUCUAGAGGGGCCACCCAAUGACCUGCUGGGCGGCGAAGCGCGCCCCCUGCUCCUGGCAAGCGCAGACCCUCUGAGUGCACAGAGCACCCCACGAGGAGCGCCCCCUGCCACAGCUGACCCGUUCGACCCGCUGCUGCUGGCUCCCGAUGCCAGCCCCCAGCCCUGUACCCAGCCUGACCUCUUUGGCGAGUUCCUGCAUGCGGACCCUGUGGCAGCCCCAGCAGCCUUCCCCUACACCAGUAGCGCCCCACCGCCAUCUUGCACUGCCUUCCUGCCCUUGGGAGACCUGCCCACGGAGCCCAAAGCAGUGACGGCCUCUUCCAGCCACCCGGACCUGCUGGGGACAUGGGACACCUGGGCUGAGGCUGCUGUGCCUGGGCCAGCCUCAGAAGGGCCCCUCUUCCCUCCUGGAGCUCAGCCAGCCACUGCUGGCCCCCAGCCCAGCCAGACCAAGUCUCAGAGCCUGGACCCAUUUGCCGACCUUGGUGACCUCCGUGACCUUAGCUCUGGCCUCCCAGGCCCGGCUGCCGGACCCCCACCGGGGGGCUUUGUUCCCAAAGCAGCCCCUUCCACCAAAGGCGGUAGUUCCUGGCAGACGAAUCGACCACCAGGCCAGGGCACCUCAUGGCCCCCCCAGAUCAAGGUGCCCCCCAAAACCUGUACACCACAGAGGCCGAGCUACGCCACAAACUUCAGCGUGAUCGGGGACCGGGAGGAGAGGGGCGUCCGCGUGCCCAGCUUUGCCCCAAAGCCAAAGGUCUCAGAGAACGACUUUGAAGAUCUGCUGCCCAACCAAGGCUUCUCCAGGUCUGACAAGAAGGGGCCAAAGACCAUGGCGGAGAUGAGGAAGCAGGAACUCGCCCGAGACACGGACCCCCUCAAGCUGAAGCUCCUGGACUGGAUUGACGGCAAGGAGAGGAAUAUCCGUGCCCUGCUCUCCACGUUGCACACAGUGCUAUGGGACGGGGAGCACCGCUGGACACCUGUGAGCAUGGCUGACCUGGUGACCCCGGGGCAGGUGAAGAAACAGUACCGCCGAGCAGUGCUGGUCGUGCACCCUGACAAGGCCACAGGGCAGCCCUACGAGCAGUACGCCAAGAUGAUCUUCAUGGAGCUCAGUGACGCCUGGUCUGAGUUUGAGAACCAGGGCUCGCGUCCCCUCUUCUGAGGCCUGGGGGCGGCUGUGCAAGUGCUCAUGAGACCAAGGUGGGGUCCUGGCAGAGGCGGCCCUGCUGCGGCCCGGCCCUAGCAGCCCCAACUGGCUGCUCGCCGCUGGCUUGUAUGGGUCCUGUGCAGAUCCCUCCCACAGCGCAGGCCAGGAAAACAUUCCAAAGCUGAUUUUUGUCGUUCCAUUUUUGUUCUUGUCCUAGAGGAACAGUGUAGAUUUGUGUCGCAUUCGUGAUUCUUCCCAUGUCUGGUGGCUGUCCCUCUCCAGCACGCUGUCGACUGCGUGUUGCACUGUCACUUCCCAGGCCGGAGUGUCCAUCCCGCUGUGUAAUCAGUCUGAUGAUCGUCUGUACAUAAUUAAACUUUUUCUGACGACGCUGUGGUCUCCAGCCUGGCGGGGGCCUUGCCAGGCCAUCAUCUGUUUCCUCAGCCUCUCACCCACUACUGGACUGUUGGAUUUGGACCCCGACCUGCAGCUGGGGCAGACACCAGCGCGGCCAGCGGUGACCCCAUCCUUUGUCUGAGUGCUGUGAUGUGUUCCAGAGACGAAGCAGAAGGGAGCCUGGGCCGGGCACGGAGUCCCCUCUGCACAGCCUUACCCACCUUCCUCGGAGUCACUCCUCACUGUCUUCCCAAGUUCAGGAUCCACCUCCCGCCCACCUUGGGCUGCAGAGUUGGCACUCAAGUCGCUGCCUGGACACCUGCUCUGCUGGCCGCAUCUGAGCCCACUCAGGCCUCCAGGGUGACCUCAGGCCGUCAGUGCAGUCCCAGAGGUCACAGGGAGCGUGGGGAAGGCUUUGGGUACCCGUGUGCUGUUCAAAGGGCACAGUAUCCAGAGCAGCCUGGGCUUUGUUCCCAUGGUGCCGUGAGACUGAAGAAAGAGGCAGACAGGUCUGGGGUCACACGGUGCUGGUGGCAGCAAUAUCAGAGGACCCUGCUGUGUGGGUCAAGAGGAGGGAGCAUCUACUGGUCAGGACAAGUGACUCCCUCUUAAGUCUUAAGAUGCACCAGGUUCAUCUGAAGCUAGCAUCAGUCGGCUCACUCCUAGCCCUGGGUCCAGGUUUAAAGCCCCACACAGGGCUCUGAGGGUUUGGUCCAUUUGUACUUUGCUGGGAAACCAUUCAGGGGACACCCUGCCAUGUCUCUCAGGGCUGUCACUGAGCCCGAGUCCUUCAAGGCCUAGUUGUACUGCCCACAGGCUGCCCAGGUGGCCUGCAGAGUGGGCUGGGCUUUUGGAUUUUGUUGCUCAGGAGAUUAAAACCCCUCGUUAUCAGCAGUUCUCAUGGCUAUGGGCAGUGAGGACCACACCCUUGGGGCGGUGACUGGUGUCAGGACUGCAUUUCAGUGUCCUACGUGUUUGUGGGUCCUGAUGUCCACUCCAGCUGUCCACCUACCACCACCCUGGCCAGGGCCCCUACACUGGUGUCCGAGGCCCUGAGCAUCAGCAUGUGGCCUCUUUCUCCAAAACAUGAGUCAUUGAAUCCAUUGAGGUACCCUGUGGACCUGGGACAGGACUGCUGCCCAGGACUACCCUCCCUGAGGCCUGUGUCAACUGCCUGUGUGAGGGGCAGAGAGGAGAGCGUGUCAGGAACCACUAGCACAAGCUCUUGGGGAAGGCUGUGCUCAGAAGGCCUCUGGGACCCUGGACCAGGAACCUCAGAUCUGCAUGUGGGGCCUGCUGAGAUGUCCGGAGAGAGGCCUUGGGCCACAAGGGGGCAGCAUGGGGUCUGGUUCUUGUCUGGGCUGUGGCCCGGGGAGGCAGGGGCCCGAGUCACCACCAAGAGGAGGACACUGUAGGGAGCCCAGUGAUGUCCUUUGGAGCCUGGAGGUUUCUGCAUCCUCUGCCUGGACACCCCUGGUGGCCCUGGGCAUGUGGCCACCUCAGACACUCAGAACCCCGUGGCCCAACCGCAGCAGCCUGAUUCUCGCUGGCGCGCCAGCUCCCGGAACAGCGACUCCCAUUUGUUAGGCACAGCUGCUAUUUUUAGUGUUCGGCUCUUUUAAAGAAUAAUGAGCAACCUAAAUAGGUGCCGAGACUCUCACAUCAGAGUCAUCUGGAUCCGGGCGCCAGCCCAGCAGAGCCCGCAGUGCUGGGGAGGGUGGCACAGCCCAGACCUGCGGCAAGGGCUGGGACCUGGGGAUCUGUGGGCCCACUGGUGGGACUGGGGCAUCCCCCCAGGGUCUCCGGAACUGAGAAAGGGGGUGUCAGCCCCAGGCGCGGCCCUCCUGGCAGCUUACUUCUCUGCCCCUUGUCCGGACCCCGUGGUUGGCUGAGGCUGGCACCCUCCCAUCAGUGCUGGCCCUCACUCCUCUGCCAGGCAGA